AUGGCCAACGGAGAAGAAACCUUUAACCCAGGAGAAACUCCUGAAAUACUGAAAAACACUACAAACGAUCUUCCUGUGAGUAGAGCGGAGUUCAACCAAGUACUGGUUGCACUCAAGGAGCUCACUAACUUGCUGAAACCCACUACGGCUGCUUCACCAGGGCUAGCUUGCAACCAGCAGCAAGCACUACAAAAUAACUUUGGAUUACUGGUAAUUGCGGACCCGGAAGAGGGUACAAGCUCCACUAUAUCCUCCACGGACAUGUCUGGCGCCGGAUCCAAAAGAAACAACUUUACUCGUCGCCAUGAAGCUACCAGAGCUCCUGAAACUAACGUACAACUAGGGACCAAUGGAACUAGUAAUCCUGCUUUGAAACAUAGAAACAAGGAUGUAAACUUUACAAAAUGGGCUGGACAACGCUUCACCUUUUCUAAAGGUAGUAACAAUUCUAACAAUUUCUCUAACUUUGAUCAGAGCAUGGACUUGUUCAAGGACAAAUUAUACUCCUUAAGGAGUACACAGCUAGAGAUAGACUACUUGAAUGAAUGUCUGAGAGUAAAGCGUGUCCCGAAGGGCUACGCUUUUAAAUUUCCAAACAAUGUCCAAAAACUAAGAAAAUUAGAACGUGAUCUCAUCGAAUACAGGGAUGGCCUUGCCUACCCUAGCCCCAAUGGUUACAAUAAAACUUCUUCCAAAAACAACACCACAAACACAGAUAGGGCUAGUGACACAUAUGACAGACAAGAGGAACCCCUUAGAAGAAGUGAAAGGCUAGCAGAGAAGAACAGAAGGGGUACUAACAACCAGGAUUUUCAACAGAACCCCGCCAGACCGGGUUUGGGGACAGAGACAAAGACAGGCACCGAGGUCUUGGAAUUUUGUUCACUAACAAACCACCAUACACCAACUACCCUAACAUCCCUGGAUGAUCCUAUAACUGACCAAGCCCCAAAUCUGGGUUUACACAAUCAAAACCCUACUAAUAUUGAGGAUCUGGAAUAUCGCCAUUUAGAACUCUUUGGGGACUUGCGACGAUCUGGUGAUGCAGAAUACCGAUGUUUAGAACUUUUGAGGGACUUGCAUUUUUCUGGUGAAUCAGAAUAUCGAUGUUUGGAAGUUGCAGGAGACUUAGACCGUUCUGGAGACUCGGAAUGUCUAUGCUUAGAACUGUUUGGGGACUUGGACAUUUCUUGUAGUCCUGCUGUUUCUGGUAGAGAAGUCAGUAUCAUCUGUUCUUCAGAAAAACCUAACUCAAGGGAUGACUAUACGGUCAUGCAGGAGCAAAUUUGUUAUCCUAAUACUCCUCAAUCCGGUGCCUUCUACAGCAUCAAAAAAAUGAAAGUGGAGCAAGGUUCUAAAUGGGAUAAGACUGGAGAUGGAGCUCUUAUUAAAGUCUAUAGUCACAGCAAAAAGAUGCAAGUCGCACAAGUCUCAGUUCCCUGCACAUCAGGAGUAGUGGCAGGGUCAGGGCAGGCUACUCACAGAAGAUGUCACCUUAAGCACAAGUUGGAGGACAUUGACAGCAACCAAAAUAUGCCAAUAGCUGAGUACUGUACACCAGUGAUUCAGGACAAUGCUAUGGAUGCCAUAGUAGCUCCAGCUGCUCCCUCAAGUAUGGAUUACACCUCCAUUGGUUGCCUCACUAAAGAGGGCUUCACUUUAAUUCGAGGUGGGAUGCUCUUCUCCAGGACCGAUGCAUAUAAAGUGCUAGACUUUCUUGGUCACGGAUCUUUUGGCGAGGUAGUUAAAUGCAGAAAACAAAGCACGAAGGAGAAAGUGGCCAUAAAGGUGUUGACAUCUGGGUCACUGUUUGAUGCAGAAAUUGAACUUAAUAUUCUGGUCCAACUAGGCAAAGAAAAUGCCCAUCACUAUAACAUUGUCAAGUCUUAUGAGUGCUUUUGGCACAACCACUCUCUUUGUUUUGUCUUUGAGAUGUUGGAACAAGAUCUUCACAGCUUUUUAAAGCAGAACAAAUACCGCCCCUUGCAUCUUAAGCACAUUCAGUAUAUUAUGCAACAGCUAACAACAGCACUUAUAAAACUAAACAGCCUUGGAAUUAUGCAUGCUGAUCUUAAACCAGGAAAUAUCAUGUUGGUUGACCAAGCAAGGCAGCCAUACAGAGUCAAAGUGGUUGAUUUUGGCAUAACAUUCCACGUUUCUAAGGCAGGGUGUUAUUCCUCCUUUGGGACUAGACAUUACAGAGCUCCAGAAAUGAUCAUUGGUUUACCACUUUCUGAAGCCUAUGACAUGUGGUCACUUGGCUGUGUCCUUGCAGAGCUUUUCAUAGGCAUGCCUUUGUAUCCUGGUGCUACAGAUUAUGACCAGAUUCGUUACAUUUCAGAGACACAGGGUUUGCCAGAACAGAACUUGCUAGAUGAGGGACGAAGGACAAGACGCUAUUUUAUAAAAGACUCACACUUUAUAUUUCUGUGGAGGCUAAAGACACCACAAGACUAUACGAAAGAGACAGGAGUGAAUUCAUUGGAGAAAAGAAGGCAUAUAUUCAGCUCCUUGGAUGAUUUGGCACAAUUGAACAUGCCAACAGAGCUGGAGGGGUAUGACUUGUUGGUGGAAAAGGCCAACCGACGUGAGUUUGUUGAUUUGUUAAAGAAGAUGCUCACUAUAGAUGCAAAGAAGAGGAUAACACCAGCUAAAACAUUAAAGCACCCCUUUGUGACAUUGACACAUCUGCUUAAUUGCCCAUAUAGUGUACGAAUUGCUCAUGCACAUAAUGGCUACCUUUGCAAUCCCAUCAUGAAAGAGCCAACCUCGCUAGCAGGACAUGCCAUACUGCCAUCAGCUGAGCCACUUCAUUUUGGUGUGGAGCAAUCAACCAGCUUCUUAUCUCACUGUAAAAACAAAUUAAUCCACUUUUCCAAAAGGUUUGCAGGUUUUAAAAAGAAGAUUAGGACUUGCUGGAAAUGGAAAGAUAUUAGGUUUCGUGUGCACAAGUAG